AUGGCUUUGAUUACUUCUCUUCAGCAAUCUCUUGACAGGAGUACCGCAGUCGAACGCAGUUCUUCCGAAUCGGACGACGAUGAUGAAGACGACGAGUUCACAGCCAAUUUAGAACAGGUUGGAAAGUUUGUUUUCCCUCGAUUCUCCAUUUGGCCUCAUCUUCGUUCUGUCAACUACAAUCCAAGUGAUAUAGCCAAGAAACUUUCGGCAGCUGCAAAUGACAUCAAGAGUCUCUGUAUGAACCUAAGUGAAUCCUUCAGUGAGGUAAUCAACUCUGCUGUCGAGUAUCCUAUAGAGGAUAUUGUGGGUGGAGUAGAGCAUGACUCUGAUGCUGAUGCUGAUUUUGACCCUGACCCUGAUCCUUCAGGUGUGGCCCGAUUAAAACCCAAAGAAGUCUCCGAUUUUUCAUUGGUACAGGAUCGGCUUGUCAACUACGAUCAUCUUACUUAUUUAACCUUCGAACAGUUCAAAGAUGAGAUAUUUCUUAGAAAAAGAAUCAAGGAGAUUUUGGGACUUGAUUUGGCUCCUGUUGAUAAAAGGUUUUUGAUUCAGAAGUUGAUGACCCGAACAUUUCACGAGAAAAUGAAGUACGAAGGUAGCGUUGAGAAUGAAAGUGAGUACGUUGAUAACGGCAUCAGUUCUGCUGAAGAUGAUGAGGUUGUUCUUAGUGAUGAUGAUCUUCGGCCGUCUUAUUUUGAUCAGAAUUCCCAUAUCUUAGGUUGCAAACAUUACCAAACUAACUGUAAAAUCGAGUGUGCCAUCUGUAAAAAGUGGUAUCCAUGUCGAUUUUGUCAUGAUCAGCAAGUUAAAUCGCACAAACUUCCUCGAAGCGCGACGAGGUAUGUUCUCUGUAUGUUUUGUUGCACACCUCAGUAUCCCCAACAGUUCUGUGUCAGUUGUAAUUGUGAGUUGGCUCGAUAUUACUGUGACAAGUGUAAGCUGUUUGACAACGAUCCGAUGAAACAUAUAUAUCACUGUGAGAAGUGUGGAAUAUGUCGUUUAGGUCUUGGACUAAACCAGGAUUACUUUCACUGUGAUAAUUGUCACGCCUGCAUCUCAAUCGAAUUGAAAGAUCGUCAUGUAUGCAUUGAAAACUCCACUCUUUGCAACUGCCCUAUAUGUGAUGAGUACAUGUUUGAUUCCAUUAAGACGGUGGUAUUUAUGUCUUGUGGUCAUCCUAUUCAUCAGUCUUGCUAUGAUGAAUACACAAAGCAUUCAUAUAAGUGUCCUCUUUGCUCGAAGACCAUAGUUAACAUGGAGGCUCAGUUCCGUGUCUUGGACAAAGAAAUUGAACAGACUAUAAUGCCGGAUGGAUUAGGUGAUUGGAAGGCUCUCAUCAAAUGUGUUGACUGUGGUGGUCGUUCAAAGGUUCCCUAUCACUAUCUAGGGCUUCGCUGUGAGCAUUGCAAGAGCUAUAAUACCAUGCAGUUAACCAUUCUCAAAGGUGAUGGUGAGCUGAAGAAUGCUGACGGUUGCGCUGCGUCCAUUGGCAUUCCGGACUUGAUCAAGAAUUCUCUUGAUCAAAACUUUGCAUUCGAAGGAAAAGUAGAUGACGAUACAGAUCGUAAACUGGAUGAAAAUGCCAAAGUUGAAGAUUCUUACGUACGAAACUUUAUUCGUGUGAUUGACAGCUUUGAGAAGUAUCCUAGUAUUACUGAGGCCUUCAAAGACUGGAUGAGUGGAUCGAUGCCAAGCAUUGAAUAG